UUUGUAGACAUGCUGGUAAAGUUCCUAUAGCAAGGUUACAUGUGAUGUAUUAUUAUUUUUUUAAUAUCUAUAUAUUUCCAUAUGUUACUCUGUAAUAGCUCAGCUAAAAAAUAUGAGUGCAACUAAUCUGACCGGAAUUUCAUAGCGGUUUUAAAAUGUUUACCUCAUAAAUACUCUAGAAUCUUGUUAGCAUCUUUGCUAGGCGUUUAACCUUAGCUAGUCACCACUGGGUUAUUAACUUCCGGUCCAGGACUGAGUUAUUAAAAUAAAAUUAAUAAAAAAUUAAAAUAUUUAAUUCAGAGAUGAAAGCUGCAGGGAGUCUCAGACUCUUUAUGUUUAGCGUUCAUAAAAGUUUAUAUCGACGCGCGCGCGACUUCCACCGACGUUAUUGUUCCGCGCGUGCGCCUCCGGCCGGUACCGGUACCGUUACCGAGGAGACCAGACUGAGGGAGUUUAACAGCAAACUGCGGUCCGGUCCGAGUUUUACCGACUUUAUUAAACAUUCUCCUUCAAACAAGACAAAAGUUGCUGAAGUUUAUGAUUAUGAAGAGCCGUAUCUUCCAGAAAACCGCGCUGAGGCAAAUCAGCGCAAAGUGUAUUUUGAAACAUAUGGCUGUCAAAUGAACGUGAAUGACACAGAAAUCGCUUGGUCCAUUCUCCAGAAAGGAGGCUACCAAAGGACAGCUGAGCUCUCAGAGGCGGACGUGGUGCUGCUAGUCACCUGCUCCGUAAGGGAAAAAGCAGAGCAGACCAUCUGGAACAGACUCAAACAGCUUGGAGUCCUCAAAAAGAGGCGGCCUAAGGCUGAUGUCCCGCUGAAAAUAGGAGUAUUGGGCUGCAUGGCAGAGCGUCUGAAGACCGAGCUGUUAGAAAGAGAGAAGGUGGUGGAUGUCAUAGCAGGACCCGAUGCUUACAGAGACCUACCACGACUCCUGUCUCUUGCUCAUGGAGGACAGAGAGCCAGCAACGUCCUGCUUUCCCUGGAGGAGACCUACGCUGAUGUCAUGCCAGUCCAUCAUGCAGGAUACAGCGCUUUUGUGUCCAUUAUGCGUGGCUGUGACAACAUGUGCAGCUACUGUAUUGUGCCCUUCACUCGUGGAAGAGAGCGGAGCAGACCCGUGUUCUCCAUACUGGAAGAAGUGCGCAGGCUCUCCGACCAGGGUGUGAAGGAGGUGACUCUGUUAGGGCAGAACGUGAACAGCUACAGGGAUGUAUCAGAGACGCAGAUCAGCACCUCAGGGGUGGUUUCAGGUCUCAGUCGGGGUUUCAGCACUGUGUAUCGCAAGAAGCAGGGAGGCCUACGCUUCGCUGAUCUUCUGGACCAAGUCUCCAUGAUUGAUCCUGACAUGAGGAUACGCUUCACCUCUCCACAUCCCAAAGACUUUCCAGAUGAGGUAUUACAGUUGAUCCAGGAGAGGAAUAACAUCUGUAAGCAGAUCCACCUCCCAGCUCAGAGUGGCAGCAGCCGGGUUUUACAAUCCAUGAGACGUGGCUACACCAGGGAAGCGUACCUCGAGUUGGUGGAGAACAUUCGAAAAAUAAUACCAGGGGUCAGUCUGAGCAGCGACUUCAUCACCGGUUUCUGUGGCGAGACGGAGGAGGACCACCAGCAGACGCUGUCUCUGCUCAGGGAGGUGGGCUACAGUGUCGGCUUCCUGUUCGCCUACAGCAUGAGGAAGAAAACGCACGCGUACCACCGUCUCCAAGACGACAUCCCUGCCGAGGUGAAGCAGAGGCGUCUGGAGGAGCUCAUAUCUGUGUUCCGAGAGGAAGCCACUAAACUGAACGCAGCACUUAUUGGGAGCACGCAGCUCGUCCUAGUGGAAGGGGAGAGUAAACGGUCACCUGAGGAUCUUUGCGGUCGGAAUGAUGGCAACGUUAAAGUGAUUUUUCCCAGAAAGGAUUUGCCCUCUGACCCCACAGGCACUAAUCCUGCCCCUGUUAAUGUGGGAGACUAUGUACUGGUGAAGAUUACUUCAGCCAACUCCCAGAGCCUGCGAGGCCACGCCUUCAGCCACACCUCCCUGACUGACAGCAGGAAGUGAACUUGUGAGCAGCAUCGUAAUGAACAGUAUGUUAAUAAAGGCUUCAUGGCCCUAUAUGGGGUCAUUUGAUUUACAAUUGGGGUUGCGAGAGGAAUUCACAAUCUCCUGUUUUGUUUUGUUAAUUUAUUUGACAAAUUAUUAUUAAAAAUUUUGCUGUAACUAUGAA